AUGUCCGCGGCACCUGCACCUGCUUUCAACGCAGAGGAAGCGGAUAACCUCGAAGAUAUCGAGAAGCAGUUCGCCGUCAAAGUCGUCCAGCACAUGUCCACGUACUGGGCAAUCCUAGAAAAAGUUCGCGGCUCGACUCUGAGACUUACAAAGUUGGACGACGAGAUAUACCUACAUCUUAGGAAGGAUUUCCCCGAGUUCGACCCCUCCAAGACAAUCGACGAGGAUGAGAUGAAGAGCAAGAUCGGCAAAGAGCGAUGGCGAAACUUCAUGAUGGCGUACGAGAAGAAGAUUGACGAUUAUAACUUUGGUACAGUGAUGAGGGCAAAUCCCAAAUGGGAAUAUGGAGAGGAUGAGACAAUAUUUGUGCCUCGAAUGCAAUUCUAUGCCAUCGAAAUCGCAAGGAAUAAAGCCGGGCUAAAUGACUGGGUAUAUGAUAAUAGCGAGAAGGGGAAGGCGGAAGCACUGGCAAAGGCGAAGGAGGAGUCUGCGUCGACGUCAUGA